AUGCACAUCUACUGCUCGCCACCAAGCUUCAGGCGCGGGAGCGCCCAGGUAAAAACUAUACAUGGAAGCUUUGGGGGCGGCUACACCAUAAGCCCCUGGAAUAUAAGCGCUAACCACAAGGGGUCGGGUACUGCUCAGCCUAUAUGCAACAGCAUCAAAUGUACAGGUGUAUCUCGAGUGUCCCUAAUAGAAACCUGUGUGGUCGCCCCUGGAUCAGCUAUUCAGGGGCGCUCAAUUAAGGUAUUGAGCUGCAAUUAUAGAGGCAGUGGUGCGACUGGCAUGCAGAGAAUACACGUGAGUCGCAGGAGCAGCAAUGGCCGCUCAUGA